AUGUCGAGCAAUCCUGAGCCCAAUAUCAAUUGGGAUCCGUACAUGAACGACAUUAUCUCUGUUUAUAUCACACGGAACAAGACCGCCGAGGAAACAAUCAAGUAUUUGCGCGAAAAGCAUGGUUUACAUGUCACCUUGAGGCAGUUCAAGUACAAAUUCGGCGGGAAAAAGAACAUUACGGAGAAAGAGUGGACUACCGGUAUCAUUCCAGCAAUUAGAAAACGCGCUUUGGAAGGCAAGGAAAGUGAUGUCUAUUUUCAUGGCGAUAAGCUUAACCCUAAACGACUCAAGAGAGGCAUCGACCGGUACGUAGCCGAUGUGAGCCGAGAUUUUAAGGAUCUCGAUACCUCAACAGACGACGGCGAUUUGCGCCUCUCCGACUUUAACGACGACCUUGAACUUCCUUUCGGUACAUCCAACACUCAUAUAGAGCAUGUACCUGAAGCGCAUGUGCCAGAGUCUAUAGGCAAUGCCUUCGCAUUGAUGAGCACCGACGGAUUGUCUGAGUCACUCGGACCAGAUACUAUUUUGGGCGUGUCACAGUACACCCUCAUUCUAAAUCUGCCCUACUUCGAAUUAAAGCACUCUAUUCCGCAAAGCACCAACAGCCUCGAGAUUGUUGAUCACCUUCGCUUUAGCCUUCCUCUUGAUGGCUCAUCACCCAAUGGAUCAUUCGAUGUACCAAUGACCACUACUCAACCUUCAAACGACCUUCCAUCUAUGCUUGCAAAGGUCAUUGGCUUCCACUACAAUGGCCAGAUUGCGGAUGUAAUCCCUUCUUUUGUUAAAAAACUCCAGGCUCUGGUACCGGAACGAUACCCUGGAGAGCUUAACGCCCAAGUCCAAGCACUACCCGACCCCUCUCAAAAGCCAUCCGUCUUUCAAAUUUUCGAAGUUGCCGCUUAUUUUUCCUCUAAUAACAUGUUGACAAAAAACCAAGUGGCGAUAUUCGUCAAAUGGGUAAUCGAGCACCGUCAUGUGAAGUCUCUCACGCUCUUCUUACGACUGCGACGGGACAUGCUUACUGUGAAAGCAUUCCUUUACACUCUUGUCGAAGCAAGCGCCCUUGUGCAAAACAAAAAUUUUCUGCAGCAACUCCAUGCCAUUGGUGCCAAAUUCGAUCAUGUUGCGGAGCAGCUCGUGGAGAACAAUGACAUGGAGUUCGCCUCCUUCGUUCUGUCUACCCUUGAUCCAGAAUUAUUAAAAGGAAAGUCGGGAGGUCAUCUUCUCCGAUCUGUGGCGCGUACAAAACACAUCGCACUAGCAGAACUAUUAAUUCAAGCCGGAGCCGAAGUCAACCUCAGUCUGUCAGUCGAGGUACCGACAACUCCUCUUUGGGAAGCAAUUCGCUCCAACAACUUUGAAUUGGUCAAAUGUCUAGUUAGAGCCGGAGCAGACGUGAACAAACAAUCUCGCUCUGCACCGGGAGUUGGACGCAUAACUAGACCCUUGUCUCUCGCUGUGUGGAAAAGCAAUAAAGGAGUCGUUGAAUAUUUGCUAGAGCAGAAUGCAGUGAUAGAAGGUUUCGUGUUCGAGACGCCACUUCUUCAAUACGCAGCCGACAAUCGCCGGCAUAUUUACAAACUUCUGCUGGAGAAAUUGGAGAACCCACCUCCGAUUACAGUUAAUCAGAUAGUGGAAGUCGCAGAUUACGAUGCUCGACGUUUGUUGGAAUUUCUCUCCCAGCAUCCUCAAAUCUCCGAAGAAAUGCUUGAGGAGGCUAUGGUCGUGGCAUUAUCCGAAGAAAAAACCCGGGCGGUUGUCAAUUUAAUACAGCACGGGGUCGACCCUAAUGGUUCGCAUCUUCCAAAAUCUAGAAGCCGUCCUUUGUCGACAGCUAUACAUGGAAUGACUAGUCUGUCAGCUCGCCUCCAAUACAUAGACCUCUUGAUUCAUGCCGGAGCAAACGUCAAUAUCGAAGGCCUUUUGGAUGACAUGAUUUAUGAAGAGGACCGCUCUCCUGUGGUCGAAAAAUUGAUCGGCGCAGGAUUUGAUCUCAAAAGGUAUGGCCCUGCUGCAUUUGAGGCGGCCAUGUACUGUGAAAAUACGGAUGUCUUAAUACUCUUAAUUGACAUGGGCGUGUCCGUUAAUAGUUAUGGACGCAGAGUUACCCCUUUUCAAGCAGCUGCCCUGAGCCUAGACCUUGAGCACCUGCAAUAUGCUUUCCAUCAAGGGGCCGAAGUCAAUAAGCCAGCGUUUCCCGUCCGAGGGUAUACGGCCUUACAGGCUGCAGCCAAGGAUAGGUCAAUAGAGAAGAUAGAAUUUCUCCUCAGCGUGGGCGCUGACGUAAAUGCCCCUCCAGCUGUAACGGGAGGGGUGACGGCCCUUGAAGCUACAGUCCGGCCAUAUGAAGAGUUCUCCAGUGACGCUGCCUACGAUGAUGAAGAGCAUUAUGAGGAACGUGGGGUUUUGGAGACGUUCAUUUUCCUCCUGAGCGAAGUCAGAACAGUGAAUCGUCCAGAUGGAUCAAGUAGCCCGUUACUACAUGAUAUUAUUGAACGCAGGAACACCCACCUCCUUGAGCUAGCGCUUGAAGCAGGAGCUAAUACAACCCAUCGAUGGGGAACGUUAUCCUCAUCGUGGUGUGAGAGAACACCCCUUCAGCUUGCCUCGGAAAUAGGCCAGGUGGAGGCUGUGAAGCUUCUUCUUGAACACAAGGCAGAUCCGAAUGCCUUACCGGCGCAUGACCAUGGAAUGACAGCUCUCCAAGCCGCAGCAUCGUCGGAAACGGCUUGCAUAGAGACGGUAGAAUUGCUUCUGGCUGCAGGUGCCGCAAUCAACGCAGGCCCAGCUGCUGUUGGGGGUAUUACUGCCCUGCAGGGCGCCGCGAUCAAGGGACAUUUUCAGAUAGCAAUAUUGCUAAUCGAAAAAGGAGCAAAUGUAAAUGCCCCUCCUGCGAUAAAAGACGGACGCACGGCAAUUGAAGGAGCUGCAGAGCAUGGGCGAUUAGAUAUGGUACAGAUGCUGCUUAAUGCAGGCGCAAUUGGCGAUGUCAUCCGAAAGACCGGCCUUAUGAAGGCUAUUAGUUUGGCCGAAAAGAAUCGCCAUUUUGCUGUCAUCGAUUUGCUCGAGUCUCACGGAAGAGCAAAAGAGAAAUGA